UAAAAAAAGUUUGUCUUUUUUUUUUUGCACACACACUUUCCCUGUCAUGGUUGAAGCUAGUAUUCCUCGCUACUAUUCAUUAGAAGAAAAAGAAUAUGUGGCACCAUACUACUCUGUCCGAAACGAUUAUAAGAAAUAUCAAGCGGUGAAUACACCCAUCGUCAUUGACAACGGCUCUAAUCAGUGCAGAGCUGGCUGGUCUUCCGAGAAAGGCCCUUCCAUGAUCUUUGACAAUGUCGUUUCGAAAUAUAAAGACCGUAGAUUAAACGAAAACGUAUUAGCUGUCGGUAUGGACGCAUUAGCCGAUCCUGCUGCUAAAUCAAACGCACGUUCUCCAUUUGACGCCAACGUCGUGUGUGAUUUCGAAAAGAUGGUACCCCCUUCUAGUCUUUACUUUUGUGUGUUCGCCCCUCCUUUGUUUAACAUUCUUUCUUUUUUUUUUUUGUGCAGGAAACGAUUUUGGAUUAUAUAUUCGUGGUAUUGGGUGUCAAUGCAUCCACUGUCGCCCAUCCAAUUGUCUUGACUGAAGCACCUUGCGUACCUCAAUACAGUCGCACACACAUGACCGAGCUUUUGUUUGAAGGCUAUAAGGUGCCUUCUGUGGCAUACGGUAUUGAUUCCUUAUUCAGUUAUCAUGCCAAUGGUGGAUCAAUGGACGAUGGUGGUAUUAUUAUUUCCUCU